AUGAGAGGAGGAACACCAUCAUCUUCUCCAAGUUCCUCUUCAAGGACAUCAUCACCAUCACCACUUAUCACAAUGGUUGGUGACUUUGAUGAAGAGAGUCACAGCUCUGCUGAUUUGGACAGCAACAUGGUAAAGUUUAUUUUAAAUGUAAUUUUGCUGUAUUUAAUUGUUUGAUAUGUCAGGGAAUCGGCUCUUGACAACUGCAAUUGGCUUCUAGUGACUGUUUAUUAACUUAUAAUAUUAAGUAUAUUAAUCAUUCAUAAAAAAACAAAUGACACAUUUUAUUAUGAAUUGUCAUAUUAGGUUACAAUACAUCCAGGAAUUUCAAUCCUGAAAGCCCAAAAGAAGAUAUUGGAUACAUGUGGUGAAGCGAAAAAGUUCACCCAUUCAAUCAUGGAGAUGUUGUGGUCAAGAGAAGUACUGGCAACACAUUCAAUGACUGGGCGAUCUUCCAAUGCACACAAAGACAAAAAGCCUAAGCCAUGCCUGGAUGCUGCGAAGAUUGGUGCUUUGUGUGGUAAGUUUUUUAGCAUGAUUUUAGAAUUCAACAAAGACCACAAAACAACCUGAAAUGAUUGGAAACAAUCCAAGUGCCUUCCCCAUGCCUAGUACCCAAAUAUGCUCAUCGAAGAAAGUUUUACGGUAUUAAUCAUUAUCAAGAUAAAUCACAUACUGGUAGUCCUGAUUAGAUGAAAAAUAAGUUAUGUGGAGAGGGGUUCUUAGUUCAAACAUCAACAAAGUAAAAAGCAUACUCUAGAUUAAACAUAGUUACUACUAAUAUCUAACUAAUAAUCCAGUCAGAUAUUUCUUCACGAAAUAUAUGUAUUCUUGGCAUUUUUGAUCACUUGCAAUCUCUUUGUAUGUUGACUUGAUGUUAUCAGUAAUACCAGUACUGCUAAUAUGGCCAGAUUAUUUGUUAGAUUAUCCUACUGUAAACUAAUCAGCAAAGGGUUUUAACAAAUGUAGUGAGAUUUAAUAUUUCUUUCAUUUAUCGAACUGAACUGACUAUGUGCAUGUAGUAAGGUGUAUACUCAGAAUGUUCAAAUGCUUAAUAUAAUGUUUUCAUUAUUCCGAGUCAACAAGAAAAAAAAACUCCCUCUCAUUCAAGCCAUUGCCAGGAAAGUUCAAUACUCUCAUGUGAUACACUCUUGAUCAAUUAAAUACUUGAAAAUGUAAACUUUUACAUACACUUGGUAUAUUAAUAAUCAAGAUUAAAUUACAGUCAGAAACAUGAAAUUCAUUCAGUGUUUCCUGUGGCAAAAACAACAGGAAUGUCAUCCCUUUUUGAGGUGACUUAACUCUAAAUCUGUACAAUGACCAUGUUGUUGUUACUUUUAAUUCAUGUGGAAUUUCUCUACUUAUUUAUUUCAGCAUUGGUGGCAAAGAAAUUCAAGUUGGAUGACCAAAAG